AUGGCAGAUUACAAAUGGGAAGUUGGGACUUUAUUUAUAGAUAAGAAUGACUUUAAGGAGGCCAUUAGAAGUUAUGUUGUGCAUACUGGGAGGGCUUUGAAGUUUGUUAAAAAUGAUAAGUGUAGGGUGAGGGUUAGAUGCAUGGGUGGACAAGGUUGUAAGGACAACUAUGUCAGUUGUAGGCCAACUAUCUGUUUAGAUGGAUGUUUUUUGAAAGGGCAGUAUGAGGGAGAACUACUCAUUACAAUUGGAAGGGACCCAAAUGACCAAAUGCUUUCCCUUGCAUAUGCGGGGUUGAUGCCAGUUGUCCAGGAACUUUUGCCUGAAGCAGACCAAAGAUUUUGCAUGAGACACCUCUACGCAAAUUUUGGAAAGAGGUUUCUUGGUCAGAUGUUGAGGAGUUUGAUGUGGAGGGCUGCCACUAGCACGUACCCCCAGGCAUGGGAGAAAGAAAUGCUGAAUAUAAAAGAGGUCAACAUAGAAGCAUAUAAAUACUUGAUAGUCAUUCCCCCCAGGUAUUGGUCAACGUCUCGAUUCACAACACAAGUUGUAUGUGAUUCCCUUGACAACAAUAUUUCUGAAGCUUUCAACAGUGUUAUUGUGCUUGCUAGAGGAAAACCAAUGAUCACAAUGCUGAAGGAGAUAAAACUUUAUCUAAUGAAACGUUGGGCCACCAACAGAAGCAAGAUCGCAUCUAUGGAUUUCAAUAUCUGCCCAAAGAUAAAGAACAUGCUUAUGAAGGAAACAAAUUUGUCUAGAUAUUGGAUCCCAAGACAAAAGUUGUUUGAGGUUAGACACACUAUAGUAAUGGCAAACAAGUUCACAGUGGACCUUGAGAGUCAACACUGUAGCUGCAGGAAGUGGAUGAUAAGUGGCAUCUCGUGUUGUCAUGCAAUUGCAACAAUGAACUACUCAAAUGAAGACCCACAAAAUUUUAUGCCAUCUUGGUUCACAAGAUCCACGUAUGAAGAGACUUAUGCCUCUAUCAUUUAUCCUGUCAAUGGGCAGUUUCUAUGGGAAAGAACAAGCUAUGUUGAUGUCUUGCCAGCAAUUAUGCGAAAGUUGUCUGGGAGGUCAAAGAAAAAAAGAAUGUUGGAGGCAUGGAAGUUAACAAAGGAUGCCACCCAAAUGCGUGUUGGUGGCCAUAGAAAGAAAUGUACCAUUUGCCGUCAUCUGGGACACAACAAAAAGAAAUGCCCCUUACAUCCAGACAUCACACAACCAACAUGUCACUUAGCCUCACAGUAA